AUGUUGACUGGUGAGGCGGUGGUAACUUCAGAAUCGCUUCCAUCAGAGUCCUCAAUGGAUUCUCUUUCCUUCUCUCAUCUCCCAUGCCUCCUCCUCAUCAUCUCCUCUCUGUUCUCCGCUGCCACUGCUAGGGCUUCAAUCUCCGCAUCCGAGGCGGAGAAAGUCCCUCUGGCCCUGUACUACGAGACGCUCUGCCCUUACUGCUCAAAUUUCAUUGUGAAUCAUCUGAUAAAGCUCUUCAAUAAUGGAGAUGGUCUCGUCUCCAUCGUUGAUCUCAAGCUGCUCCCCUACGGCAACGCCAAGAUCGGUCCCAACGGCACCAUCACUUGCCAGGUUUUCUCCUUCAUCAAUUAUCAUCAUCAUUUCCCAUCGUUUUUUCGCUACUCCUUCAAUUAUUAACUACGCUUCUACGAAUCAGUCACCAGGAUGAAGUUUAUUAUGCACAGGAUUGUGCUGGUUUAGGGCCUGUAUUGCUUCCGUCCAGGAGAAAAAAACCAGCCAUUAGCAGAAUUUUCAAAACGUUGAACAUUUUAUUGACCUUCUAAUUUAUUUAUUUAUUUAUUUAUUUAUUUUUUAAUUUUUCCUAACGCCAAAAGGGUGUUUUUUCAGUAGUUUUUCUUUGAUAAAAUAUGUUCGGUUUUAUUUUUAUUUUUAUAUAUAUAUAUUUUAUAGAAAUGCUUAUUUUUAUUAA